AGGCGCUACUUCGUUGAUGAUUGAAACUCAGUGACUGACAACAACCCCAGCAAGGGCCGCCGAAGUGUGAAAAUCUAAUCCACUCCUCCGCCUCGCGUUCGUGCUAUAGAAAUGGCAUCGCCCGCUUCGCCGCGACUUCCAAGCCCGCCACCCAUUCCAGAGGACCAGCUGUCGCCAGUAUCAGCCUCCGCAGAGCAGCAGAAGCUCUUCAGCAACCUGGACAAUGCCGCUGCGAGAAGGAUACGGCCAGGCACAAAGGCGGAGGAUAUGGCAGAAGGGCCUCCGCUAGUCGAGCUGUCGGAGAUUGACUCAGCGUUCCAGCUCACAGAACACCUCAAAGCGCUUCACUACUUCCUCACACAUCCCAUCGGGGCGAACACGACAAUUCCAGUAGACAGCGAAAUGGCACAUAAGCUGGCACAGUCGCCCGACAACGUAGACAAGACGUUAUGGCUGUACGAGCUAUGUCGAUUCCUUAUUCAGAAGGUCAAUUCCAUCAUCGUUGCCCUGUUCGCCGAUAAUCCACCGUGCUCCUCUACAACCUGCCCCGAGAUGCGCGCUUCAGAGUGGCAGUACUUGUGCGCUGUGCACGACCCGCCAAAGUCAUGUUGCGCCAUCGACUACUGCUGUCACACCCUGGACUGGGCGGCCAAUACCCUCACAUCGCCGAAGCACUUUCCCUCAAGACUGGCGCUGGGCACCGACCAGUCUACACAACACUCCCAGAUGCGCCAGUUGACCAACAUCUUCAGGCGUGUGUACAGGAUAUUUGCACACGCGUGGUUUCAACACCGGGAUAUGUUCUGGAAAGUGGAGGGACGCACUGGGCUAUAUGUCUUCUUCAAGACGGUCUGCGAUAUUUAUGGUCUAAUACCAGAGGACAACUACACGAUCCCGCCGGAGGCUGAGGGAAUCGAGCCACCCACAGAGCCAAGAAUAUCAAUUCUGCCUUCCAUUCUCAAGCGAGAGCCUUCUGAACCAGGACCUCAGGAUUUGGACAAUUCUACGCUCGUAGAGGGAGUGACAGAUAAUACACUAUCAACUGCUGGCACAACGAAACGUCAUAGAAACUCACCCUCUGUCGGCGCGACAUCCGUAACAACAGUAGUGGAAGAGAGUGAAGAGGAGGAGGAACGGCCAACACAACCGCGACCCGUCACGCAAAUUUUCGAGUCGGCGCCUGAAGAAGAGGAUAGUACAAUUUUAGACGAACCAGAAAAAGCUGAUGAUGAGGACGGACCUCAAGAAGCGGAAGAGAAGCUCGAAGAUCCGGCUACAAAGCAAGAAUCCGCAGAUACAUCUAAGACUGAAGUCGCGGAUGUCAAGGCUGCAGAGAUCGAGGCACCUGAAGCUGAAUCCAAAGGAACCGGAGAGGAUCAAGAAGAGCAGCAAGAAGCAGAGAGCAAGCCAGAUGCAGUAGAGUCGAAGGCGGAUGACCCAGAAUCAGCU